CAAACCCAACCCAACCCAACCCCACCGAACCUCUCCUCCCCUGUCCUUCCCUCCCUCCACCCCACAAAUACUCCUCCGGCCCGUGCCCUUGAUACACCAGCGACCGAGCGACCGAGCCAGCGAGGGUGCGAAGCUUGAAAAUGCCAGAAGAAGAAGAUCAGAACGUGUACGAGGAGGAAGACGAAGAUGACGACAGCGAGGAAGAAGAUGAGGACGAGGAAGUCGCCGCGCAGUUCGAGACGAGGCAGUCUAGAAGAAUUGAAGACGAAGAAGAAUUAGAAGAAGACGACGACGAUGAAGAAGAAGAUCUGAAUUCCGCGUCUCCUUCUUCAUCUUCCUCCGACGAAAACCCUAAAAACCCUGACCCUAACCCCGCCCCAAACCCUAACCCUAAAAAUCCCGUCGCUGCUCCUUCAUCCACCGCCGCCCCCCCGCAGAACGGUUCCGUCGGCAACCCUCUCCCUCCGCCUCAGGCAAACAUCGCCGCUGCUGCAGAGGCAGCGUCUGCUGCCGCCGCCGCUGCUGAUGGCGAUGGGGAUGGCGAUUCUUCCCCGGACCGCAAGCGGCUCUGUACGGAGGAGAAGAAGAUGGGCAUGGUGGUUGCUCCAUCUGAAGACUCCCGGCGCCUCUUCCAGCGCCUCUGGACUGAUGAGGAUGAGAUCAAGCUCCUCCAGGGCUUCCUUGACUUUAUCCAGCAGCGCGGCGGCGGCGGCGGCUCCCAUCACCACGACACUGGGCCGUUCUAUGAUCAGAUCAAGACCCGCCUCCAGCUUGAUUUCAAUAAGAGCCAGCUUGUUGAGAAGCUCCGGCGCCUCAAGAAGAAGUACCGGAACAUCAUAAACAAGAUUGGAUCUGGCAAGGAAUUCUCUUUCAAGAGGGCGCAUGACCAGGCCACGUUUGAGAUCUCACGCAAGAUCUGGAGCAUCGAUGCUGCCGGCGCUGCCUCGGCUGCCAUCGGGGAUGACGAGGAUGGGAAUGGUAUUGUGAAUAAUGCUGCGGAUCACUCUGAUAAGAAGGGUUCGAGGUCCCGGCGGCGUUCCCGGAAGAGGUCCACUCCUGAAGUGGUGGGUGUGGCAGAGGAUCCUGCGCCGAAUUUCGCUCCACCACCAGUGGCGGCAGUGCCACAGGCGUCCGCACCACCGGCGUCAGCACCAGUGAUGGUUCCGAAUGUUGUCGAGGAUACUGUGAGGAGCUGUCUGUCUCCGCUGUUCAAGGAACUGCUGCAUUGCGCAAUCAACGGCCCAUGUAAUUCGUCUUUGGGGGGCGUGGCUUUGAAUCCACUGCCGUUGAAUUUUUCUGGUGGUUCCUUGAAUAUCUCAAGUACUGAGGCUGUGGACGAUAGGUGGAGGAAGCAGCAGAUUUUGGAGCUGGAGGUGUACUCGAAGCGGUUGGAGUUGGUGCAGGAGCAGAUCAAGAUGGCGCUUGAGGAUCUGAAGUCGAUGGACAAUUAGAAGGAAAAUUUUCUUCAGCGCCAUAAAAUGGUAAAAUGGGCAGUUAGUAUUUGGCGUUUUGUUACAUUUGCUAAAGAAAAAUUCAUAUCCCGUUGUUGCUGUUUGAAUUUCUUUGUUUAGUUUUUAAGGUAUAGAAGAACUUCUCAAAUAAUGCAUUUAUUUAUCGUUUUCAUGUUUCAUGUUCAAUCUGGUAUCUCUUGUAGUUUAUAACUUAAGAAAAAGGGAUUGAUGGAAUUGAUGGAGAAAUGGGGGGUUACUGUUAUUUGUAAAUCCUUGCCCUCAA